UUUUAAAAAUAUCUAAAAGCACACAUUUUUAUACAACCAGAUAAAUUUAAAAUGCUUAAUGGGUUACGAAAUAUUGCAAAUGUUUCUGCGUGGCGCAGUUUUGAUCAUGAUGCUUAUCGCGUACUUUCUUAAUUCUGAAAGCCUAAACUUAUUAGCGAUCAGUCAGUUUGUAAAAACGGGCGUAUAUGGAAGCUACGCGAUUAUCACUUUAGGUCUACUGUGCGAGGCAGGCUUUCGUAUUCACUCCGACGUAUGCGUCGAGGCAUCAUUUCUGUUAGGGGGAGUCUUAUUUAACACCUUAUGUGCAGCGAUAGCUUUCAUUGAUUUCGAAAAAUUUUCGAUUGGGGAGAAAUUAGAUAUGGCUCUAUUAUCGAUACUAUCAAGUAUCGUGUUUAUAAUAGAUUUUCUAUUCUUAUUGUUUACAUAACAAGUAAAUCGCGAUACGAAAGAAAUGUUUUUAUUUUUAGUUUGGGGCGGAUUACGAUCUAACGGAAAUGGACAAGUGUAUUGAAAUAAUUAAAGGCAACAGGUCUGUGAAAUAAAUAGAGGAUCAAGUUGCCGAUUCCUAGCAUAUUUUGAAACAAAUAAUUAAAAUGUAUCAUAUAAUCAAAGCAUUUGAAGACAUUUUGGAGGAAGAUGUUAUUGAUAUCAAAGAGCUGCAGAAGUUGGCAUUUAAUGGUGUGCCAGAUGAUAAAGGUUUGCGUUCAUUAGUUUGGCGAAUAUUGCUUCAUUAUGUACCAAAAGAGAAGUCUGCAAGAGAAUCUACUCUUUUAAAAAAGCGACAAUUGUACAAGCAAUUUAUAGAUGAGAUUAUAGUGUCUCCCGGUGGUCCGGCCGACCAUCCUCUCAACAUCAGCCCGGAUAGCUCCUGGAGUACUUAUUUCAAAGACAAUGAAGUACUACUGCAAAUUGAUAAGGAUGUCAGGAGAUUAUGUCCUGAUAUCUCUUUCUUUCAAUCGGCAACCGAAUUUCCGUGUCUUGAGAUUGUAAACAGCAAUGGAGUAAAAAGAUUGCACAAAAGAGUGGAACAAUCUGUUUUAAAAUAUUCUACAUUAGAGCGACGUGGUCUUGGUGUUGCAAAGCUUAGCAAUGAGAUACGUCGCUCAGAAAGCAUUACGACCGGUGAUUAUGCUCCUUUAAACGAAGGCUGCGAGGCGCAUUGGGAGGUUGUAGAGAGAAUGUUGUUCUUAUACGCCAAGCUGAACCCCGGACAAGGUUACGUUCAAGGAAUGAAUGAAAUCAUUGGCCCUAUAUAUCAUACUUUUGCUAUUGAUGCAAACAAGGAGUACAGAGAACAUGCUGAGGCGGAUUGUUUCUUCUGUUUUACUAAUCUCAUGGCGGAAAUUCGCGAUUUCUUCAUACGUACAUUGGAUGAAGCGGAGAGUGGUAUUAAUUAUAUGAUGAGCAAACUGAGUGAAUGUGUCAAGAUGAAUGACCGGAUCGUCUGGGAUCGUAUGGAGAGACAGGAAUUACGUCCGCAGUACUACAGCUUCAGAUGGCUGACUUUGUUAUUGUCGCAAGAAUUUUCUUUGCCGGACGUUGAAAGAAUUUGGGACUCCUUAUUCGCAGACCCACAUAGAUUUAAUUUUCUCAUUUACAUUUGCUGUGCCAUGAUAUUAUUAGUACGGGAUGAUCUACUAAGCGGUGAUUUUGCCUCGAAUGUGAAACUAUUGCAAAACUUUCCACCGAUGGAUGUAGGCUUGAUAUUAAAUAAAGCUGUGGAUAUUUCUACAAGGUAAUAGUUCGGCAAUGUAAUACGUAUUGUCGUCCCUUACCAUUCUCUUUAACAAAACAGAGAGAGAAAUAUAAAACAGAAAUUGUGAAUACUCUAUAAUCAUUAUGAAUUUGAUUUUUAGCUCUAUUUUGCAUGUGCUGUUUGUAUUUUUUAUCAUAUUAAAAAAUAAAGACAAUUUUUAUAUUGUUUAAUUAAAAGUAAAUUAAUACUUAUCGUGAAUAUUGCUUGAUAAAUAAUGUAUUUAUUGAAUCUUUGUAUCGAAAUUUUAGUAACAUUCCACAUUUGUUUUUUAAUAUAUUACUGAAUCACUUUUCAAUACAAUAUUCACUAUCUACUAAUGUAUAAAACAAUUGAUGAAUUAAUCUUAUAACUAAAAGUAAUAUCUUGCAAAUUAAAAGUUAAUAAAUAUCUAAUAAAUAAAGGAUUAAUUGUAUUGCAAUUUCACUAUUUACUUAACCGUUAAGUUUCAUUUAUGAAGCAUCCGUACGUAUAUUAUGGAUCCUCGUCUUCGAAAAAAAUUCUAUAACGUUUACGGACAAUUUUGUGUGUAAAUGUAAUAAGAAUUGUAGAAGUGGAAAGGGACGGAUGCGUCUCAAACCUAUCGUGUCUCUCUGUCUUUUGUUCCGCGCUCUCGCUCGCACACUCGGCUCAGCGUCAAACAGAACGCGAUUGAGUUAUACUUUUACGUGCGUGCAAGCCUUCAUAUUUUUGUAACGUUAUCACGUCAAAAAUUUAGAUAAUAUCGUACAGAUGCUUCUAAUGAAAGCCUACAGUGAAUUUGCAUAUGUGUUUAUAGUUAUAAAAAUACAAAAUUAAGGUUUUCGCAUUCAAUAUCCUUAUAUUAAGAAUGACUUUUUCUUACAAAAUACCCGAUUUUUGAGAUGUAAUUUUUGAAAACCAUAACAGACUGUACGGGACUGAUUAUAGUAAUCUUUUAUACAAAUGUACAUGUUUUUAAUAAAUGUAUCUUGCAUAUCAAAUCUUGA